UAUGUCAGAUCCAUCUAUGUCGUGCUCUAAGAUCCGUCAGCAACUUGUGGGCGAAAAACAAGUGGAUAGCCAAUACUGGAGAUAUUCCUGAUGAUGGAACGGACAGUGUCGAUUUAGAUCAACUUGGUGCCAGAGUGCUUGCCAAGCUCCAUCACAUGAUUAACAUUGCAAAGGAGUUAUUUGAUGUGAUGGAUGAAGACGAGGAAAUCAGUGACAGCAACGAAAAGAGUAAUGUUUUUGGGGAGAUCUUGAGUGAGUCCUGCUUGGACAACAAAAGUACCUGUCCCUCACCCGACACUCCGACAUCAUUCCUGCCCGAGCUGAAUCCUCCCAUGAGGCCGCCCGAAUUCACUGACAUCUCUUUCAGGCCUCCAUUUCUUCUACCUCUCCGAAUUCAAGCGGUGAAGCAACUAAAGCUUUUCGACAUGAAGUGUUUCCCAUUCUACACCCUUCCUCAUGCACCAAUGCAGAGCCACAACCGUUUAGAAGGUGGUGACAUGAACAAGAAACCAGACGUGUCGACUCCCGAAAAUGAAGCAGUUGUUGGAAGACUUCCCGCAGAAGAAAGUGACCACGGGACAAAGGAUUUUAGAGAAUCAGAUGGUUUCCAAGAUAUACAAAGUGUUAGUUCAGAUGUGAAGAAGCCGAGACCGGAAGCCUAGAUGUAGCAAUCCUUCCACUGCCGCCACUGCUGCCUCCUCUUCCUCCAGCUACGCCACCAAGGGACUCGUCUUUAUCAUUCAAUAAACCAGAGACAACUCUGCCCCCCACCUCCACCGCCAAUUCCACCAAGUAAAGGAUCAUCAUCAGCUCCACCGCCCCCUAUGCCACCAUCCAGGGGAGGUGCACUGCCACCACCUCUUCCAGGUAGUAUGGCAAAAGCUCUGCGCGCCAAGAAAGCAAAUAACAAGCUAAAGAGAUCUACAAACAUGAGCAAGUUGUACAGAAACUUGAAGGCAAAGGUAUAAGGUGGAGAGAAAAACCAAAA